AUGGGUCGUGUUUACGGUCACGGAAAGGGUAUUUCUCAAAGCACAUUGCCUUAUCGGCGAUCGGUCCCAUCGUGGCAAAAAUUAUCUGCUGAGGAAGUUAAAGAUCAAAUUUACAAGCUCGCACGGAAAGGUUUAACGCCCUCUCAAAUUGGGGUCAUCCUCCGCGAUAGCCAUGGUGUUGCUCAAGUUCGUUGGUUGGCGGGUAGCAAGAUUGUUCGUAUUCUUAGGGCUGCCGGUCUCGCUCCGGCCAUCCCAGAUGACUUAUAUCACCUGAUAAAGAAAGCUGUUGCUAUCCGCAAGCAUCUCGAUAGGAAUCGUAAGGACAAGGAUGGCAAGUACCGUCUCAUUCUUACGGAGAGUCGCAUCCACCGUAUUGUCCGAUACUAUAAAAGGAAACGAGUUCUUCCUCCCAACUGGAAAUACGAUAGCGCUACUGCUUCGGCCCUUGUCGCCUAA